AUGGAACAAGGACGCCGCGUUUCUUCUGGUGGUGCUGCACUGUCACCUUUUAAGCCGCAGCUCUACACAUCAUUGCUCUACCAUUUGAAGCGCUCAUUGGAGCCCUUUAGGUUGGUGCUGCCCCUGUUCUUCUCGUGUGAAUCGACAUUCCGGCUACGAAGAGAUCUAAGGGGUUUUCCAACGAACCGCAUCGCCAAAGUACAGUGGAUUCAUACAUCAGCAUCAGGAGCAGUUGACAACGUGGUCUGUGCCUCUAUCAGUUUGCACUACGGAGGCUCUUCAUGGAGUGGUGGCAUUAUUGGUACAAGCAAGACGCAUUGCAAGAGACGGCAGAUGGAUAAGGCCUAUACGUACAUUGGGAUGACAGCUAUUGGUCGUCAAGACGAAGUUGGUGGUGUUGUCAAGGAUGUUCCCGAUUUGAUCAGCUUCAGACAAUGA